AUGUACACGCUCAUAUUCACCACGCUGGGGUUCAUGCUCGUGUUCCGCAUGGCUCGCGCGGCGGUCAGGUUCUGGGACUGCCGAGCGGCGUGGGGCGCCAUAAUCUUCAAGUCGUACUCGCUGUGCGACAACGCCAUCGUCGCCAUCGGACCCAUCGCGCCGUCGCAGGCCGAGGAGCUCGUUCGCUGGUGCGUCGCCUUUGGCGUGGGCGUCAAGUGCGUGUUACGACGGGAGAGGUUUCCGUUCGAACAAGUCGCGGGGUUCCUCGGCGCGGACGAGGUGGAGACGAUGGAAAAGGACGCGAAGCACUUUGCGCUAUACCCGUCGGCGCACCACCCUGUUCGAAAGAUGGAACCGCACAUGGCGGCGCAGCUGAUGCAGACGAUGGAGAAGGACAUCGCCGCCCUGAUCGACCACUGCGGAACCAUGGAACGCAUCAAGGCCACCCGGUUGCCCAUAGCCUACGUGUCGCACCUGCGGACGAUCCUGAUGGGGUUCGUGCUCUGCCUGCCGUUCGUGUACGAGGGGUACUGGGGAUGGGGCACGAUUCCAGCCGUCGCGGCGAUGGCGUUUGCGCUGCUGGGCAUCGAGGGGGCGGCGACGGAGUGCGAGAACCCGUUCAGCCCGAAGCGGACGAAUCACCUCGGCAUGGACGGGUUCUGCGAGACGACGCAGCGGGAGGUCAUGGAGCUUCUGCAGUGGUGGAGAAAGGAGGAGGGCGAGGAGUAG